CAUAAGUACCGGAUCGAACACCGCUUUGAUCAGUUCCGAUACGAGGUACGAGGCACCAUGAUGCCUUCCGCUCGACUCCUCAUGGUAGUGCUUAUGAGCGUCUGGCUUGCGAGCGACGCCAAGCGUUCUUUUAAAACAAGUGUGACCGCUCUCCCUGGCGCUAUCGACCGGCCCAUGAGUCAGGGAGCAGGGAAGAACAAACAGGAAAAAGCACUGGAUUGCGGCCGCCACCUCGUCAAGCCAGGAACUACAGUAACGUUUAAGUCUAAAAGUUAUCCAGAUGGUUAUAAGAAGGGGAAGUGCACGUGGUCAUUUAAGACCAAGAAGGGCGCCGCUCUGGCCAUGCAAUGCGGCGAUUUCAUGCUUGAGGAAACACCCAAUUGCAAGAAAGAUUUCCUGCAGAUUAACGACUAUUCCGGCGAGAAGAAAAAGUACUGUGGUCUGCAGAAAUCUCUCGGUACAUCCCGGUCUGCUUCUCGGCUUCAAGUGAAGUUUAAAGCAAGCAAGAACCGGUCAUAUAAAGGCUUUACCUGCACUGUCGAGUCAAAGGUUGUCUCUGACACCAGAUCAUCUCUGUGUGCUCCACUAAGCUGUGGUUCCCACUACGUCGCUCCGGAAACGUCCCUUGGGUUCCAGUCCGAAAACUACCCCGAGGCCUACCCUGGGGGGGCCAAUUGCGUGUGGGACUUCACAACCGACGAAGGUGCGACGCUGGACAUCUACUGCGACGAUUUCUCGGUCCAGAAUUCGAGAAACUGCAGAAAGGAUUUCCUCCAGGUUACUGAUUUCGUCAGUUUCAAUGACAAGUACUGUGGCACCGGCGAUGAACUUAGCAUCUCGGGACAAAGUUCAGCGCUUCAAGUGUUCUUCAAGAGCAACAGGAGAAAAGCCUCGAGAGGGUUUUGCUGUGCCGUUACAGCCUCCGCGGUUUCGGUUCCUGCGCCAUCUCCGACCUCUGCACCCGGCGAUUGCUCGUGCGGCCAAGUGAACCGAAAAUCGCGGAUCGUUGGGGGAACCGAGACCGAGAUCAACGAGUACCCUUGGAUGGCCGGUCUCAUCGCCAGGAGGAAUUUGAUCUGCGGAGGAGCUGUGAUCGCCGACGAGUGGGUCCUGACGGCGGCGCACUGUGCGGAGGUCAUGGAUACUAACGACGCAGUCCUUCUUGGUGACCACGACUACUCAAUCAGUUCAGAUGCUAAUGCCUAUUCGAUAAGGAUUUCCCAGAUCGUGAUCCACCCUCAGUACAACAGGAAUACCUUGGCGAACGACAUUGCUCUCCUGAAGCUUUCUUCGAGGAUCACGUGGCCCUCCGAUAACACUGUGGCGCCCGUCUGCCUUCCUUCAGCUGGCGAGUCCUAUGCUGACGUCAGCGCUAUAGUGACGGGCUGGGGCGCUCAAUCUGAGAGAGGAGGUUAUCUGCCACAGCUCUAUGAAGUGACGGUAUCAACCCUGACGAACGGGGAAUGCAAUGCUCGCUAUAGCGGUGGAAUUCUGGAUGGUAUGAUCUGUGCUGGUGAUCGGGGAAAGGAUUCGUGUCAGGGAGAUUCCGGAGGCCCAAUGAUCUAUAAUGAGAACGGGCGAUAUGUUGAAAUUGGCAUUGUGUCCUGGGGCAUCGGCUGCGCUCGGCCAGAGUACCCGGGAGUGUACACGAGAGUGAACAACUACAUUUCGUGGAUAGAUUCCUACAUCGGCUCCUCAGGGACCUGCCCACCUUAAAGGACCCCUGCAUCCUAUCCCUCCUAUUCCUGGGAUAAUUCUACCGAACUGCUUCAUCCUCUGGUAAAAUUGAUUUGAAAAUCGACGUUUGGAUUAAAUUGAAAAAGUUUUUUGAUAUAUCAAUACACUGAGUAUACCUCAUGUACGGUAUAUUUAAUAAAUCGCUUGGGAAUAAGGAGAAAUA